AUGACAUUGUUACUCAACUUACACGCGCUCUUUACCGCCAUUGUUUUUGCCAAUCUUUCAACCAGAUGCAGCGCACUGCUCUCUGGACGUGACUUUUGCUCCACACCGGCGCCCGAUGAGUCACUCCGAGCAGAGCACAGGAGAUUGUAUGAUCUACAGGCCCAACGUGGCAGCACCGCUGAGGAAAGCCGGGAGGUGGUGUCUAUGAUUGAAAUCGAGACAUGGUUUCAUAUCGUAAGCAGCAAUGAAGCAUCCAACGCAGUAUCAGACGACAUGAUCACCAGUCAGCUUUCCUAUCUUCAGAAGGCAUAUGAAAGUGCGACUAUCAGCUAUCGGUUGGAGGGCAUUACUCGUCAUAUAAAUGACUCUUGGGCGCGAAAUGAUGACGAAUUGGGGAUGAAGAAUGCCCUACGAAGGGGCAUUUAUAGCACUUUGAAUGUCUAUUUCCAAACAGAUCUUCAGGCGUCUUCCGACGACACUUCUCGGGGCUUCCCCUAUAACGGCAAUCGACGAACAGAUGUAUCGGGUCAAUCAUCAACAACUGUCCUUGGCUUCUGUACGUUGCCUGAUCCGAGCGUGAAUUCCAGCAGCCCACGUUCUAGUUACAUCAAGGAUGGUUGUAACGUGUUAGCCGAUACCAUGCCGGGUGGUAGUUUAGCGCAGUACAACCAGGGCGGCACAGCGGUUCAUGAGGUUGGCCAUUGGAAUGGGCUGCUGCACACGUUCGAAGGUGAAUCGUGCUCCCCUGAUAAUGAAGGAGAUUACAUUGAUGACACCCCUGAGCAAUCGGAGCCUACGAGCGGAUGCCCCGCCGAGAAGGAUUCAUGCCCAGAUCUUCCUGGCCUUGAUGCAAUCCAUAAUUUUAUGGACUAUUCAUCUGAUGACUGUUAUGAGAGUUUUACUCCAGAUCAAGCUGAGAGGAUGAGGAGCAUGUGGUCCGCUAUGCGGGAAGGGAAGUGA